UUUUUUAGUUCUUCACCAACGAACAUGGAUGAAAAUGAAAGCAACCAGUCCCUGAUGCCAAGCAACCUAUAUCCUAAAGAAGCAGUAAGAAGACGCCAAAAUUCAGCACGAAAUUCCGGAGGAAGUGAUUCUUCUAGGUUUUCCAGGAAAAGCUUCAAACUGGAUUACAGACUAGAGGAAGAUGUGACUAAGUCAAAGAAAGGAAAAGAUGGAAGAUUUGUUAACCCUUGGCCAACAUGGAAAAAUCCCUCUAUUCCAAAUGUUCUUAGAUGGCUAAUAAUGGAGAAAGAUCACAGCAGUGUUCCAUCUUCUAAAGAGGAACUUGACAAAGAACUCCCAGUGCUUAAACCAUAUUUUAUCGAUGCUCCUGAAGAAGCUGGAGUGAGAGAGGCUGGCUUAAGAGUCACAUGGCUGGGCCAUGCUACGGUAAUGGUGGAAAUGGAUGAGCUCAUUUUUCUUACAGAUCCCAUCUUCAGCUCUCGUGCUUCACCAUCACAGUACAUGGGUCCAAAGCGAUUUCGUCGUCCCCCAUGCACAAUAAGUGAACUCCCCCCAAUAGAUGCAGUCCUGAUCAGCCACAACCACUAUGACCACCUGGACUACAGUUCUGUCAUUGCUUUGAAUGAGCGAUUCGGUAAUGACUUAAGAUGGUUUGUGCCUUUGGGUCUCCUCGACUGGAUGCAAAAAUGUGGCUGUGAGAAUGUGAUUGAGCUGGACUGGUGGGAGGAGAAUUGUGUCCCCGGACAUGAUAAGGUCACCUUUGUCUUUACACCUUCCCAGCACUGGUGUAAAAGGACUCUAAUGGAUGACAACAAAGUUCUGUGGGGCAGCUGGUCUGUCUUGGGGCCUUGGAAUCGAUUUUUUUUUGCAGGAGAUACUGGUUAUUGCCCAGCUUUUGAAGAGAUAGGAAAAAGAUUUGGACCUUUUGACCUUGCGGCUAUUCCCAUUGGAGCUUAUGAACCAAGGUGGUUUAUGAAAUAUCAGCAUGUAGACCCAGAAGAAGCUGUAAGGAUUCAUAUUGAUGUUCAAGCAAAGAAAUCUGUGGCAAUUCACUGGGGAACUUUUGCCUUAGCAAAUGAGCAUUACUUAGAGCCUCCAGUGAAACUGAGUGAAGCUCUAGAAAGAUAUGGACUUAAGACUGAAGAUUUUUUUGUCCUGAAGCAUGGAGAAUCGAGAUACCUAAGUACUGAUGAUGGCACCUUUGAAUAAAUACAAGCACAGGAGCUAUUAAUGAAAAAGGCGUCAUCUGAAAUAAAUUUGAAAACAAGUGUAAAGACUAAGAAAUUCAUGAAUAUUAUGUUUUUUUAAAUUUGGAAAUAACUUCUGCAAGUUUGUGUUUUAUGUUUUGUGUAAUAACUUGCUUACUAAUAUGAUUGCCAGCUAUUAAAAACUAUGAAAGAAGAGUUCAGGGGUGGGUCAUUUAAAUAAUGAAUUGUCUAAUGUGAAUUUUAAAUCACGUAUCAAUGGUAUAAGCAUUGCAGUGGAAAUUUUUUUACUAAAGCAUUAUACUUUAGUGGUGGUAGAACUUUCUGACAUUGUGAAAAACUGAUAUGAAAAACUCAUUUCUGUUUUUUUCUGUUCUUCAGGACCUUCUAUAAGGUGAAUCAAGGCUGGCUACCUACCUAGAUUUUUUUCAGGGGCCUACACAUACAAAUAUUUUUCUUAUAUUCACAUUAUAGUAAAUGAUGAAAUUGACUCCCACAUGCUUACAAACAUUUCUUGCUCUACGAAGAUUGGUUAUAUGCCAGAUGUUACGAAUGUGAUUUAUUUUGUUAAGCAUAAAAACAUAGGGGUUUGAGUGAAGUUAUUAUUUUUAAAGACUUAAUUUUUUUUGUUGUGGUAAAAUGUACAUAACAUAAAAUUUACCAUUCUAACCAUUUCUAAGUGUACAGUUUUUUGGCAUUAAUGUAGCCUUGACCACUGUAGACUUAAUUUUUAAAAGGGGGAACAGUAUAUUCUAUUGCAUACCUACAAUCCCCAAAUCAAAAGCCCUCUGAGUUGGGCAGAGGAAGGGAGUGUGGUUAUGAGGAUAUCAUUUAUGAAAUUUUCUAUUUUUAAUCUCAAAGUCAGACCUUCUGCUAAGCACGAAAAUAGCUAUAAUGAAAUAUUUUACAGAGAUAAAUGCAGAUCUUAAGUGUUAAUAGAUCAUACACUUUGAAUUAAAUUUUAUUUUCUCUGUUUUCCAUUUUCU